UCGUACCUGCGAAAACAGUGGCACUGUACUUUGUUGCACUUCGUUAUUAUCGUUGAAGAUUGAAUUGAAAAAAUUGAGAAAAUGUUGAUAGACUGAAAAAUUCUGGCCCGGCGUAAACUCAAAACGAGGUCGAGUGUUUUGGAGGCUAAGAAGGUAAAGCGAAACAGUUGGUGAUGUGAAGAGGGGCAAAGGUGUUCGAGUAAAGCCCAAGAUGUUCUGAAAUGGCAAAGCAGCCGCCCCCAAUUUUACAGAGAAAGUCCAAGCUUGAGGCACAUUUGAAAAAUGUCUUAAAUGAACAAAAAUCAAAACUCCAGCAAAAGCAGCAAUUGGAACAUGAGCUUCUUGAAGAUAUUAAAAACUAUAGCAAAACUCGGGCAGCAAUAGAAAAAGAAUAUGGACAGGCAUUGCAAAGAUUAGCUGCACAAUUUUCAGCAAAGUUUAUGCCCAAAGAUAAUGAAUCCAGUGACACAAAGACAUUAGCCAGAACUCCGUUUGGAUUAUGGAGAAAAAUUCUAGAAGAAACAGAUGCAACUGCAAAUUCAAGGCUUGCCAUGUCACAAAACAUUUUAGCAAAUAUUACAGAAAAUGCAAAGACUGUCAAGGCUGCAAGAACAGUUACUACAAAAAAUUGCAACCUGUUGGCUGACAAGCUACAAGAGGAGCUUCAAGAAUCAGUACAAGAGUUAUCAAAAAGUCAUAAAACAUACUCUGAUCUGCAUAAGUUAGCAGUGCAAACAAGGGGUCAAGCUGAAGAUGCAAAUGAGAAACUUAAGAAAGGACAGAUUAAAUUUUUUCAGUCAAAGGCCAAAGCCGAGAAGAAUGUUCAGAAAAUCCAGGAAAGAAAGGAACUAUGCGAGAAACGUGUAACUGUUACAAGAAACGACUAUCUAUUAGAUUUAGCUGCUGUUAACGCCCAUUGCCAAAGAUAUUAUUCUACGGAUCUACCGGAGCUGAUUGCUUUGCAAGAUGGGAAUAUAUACGAAAAAUUUAAAGAUUAUUUCAAAACAUUGACGACUCUCGAAGUGGAAACCUGUUCGCGAAGCGAGAAAGGGAUGCGGGAACUGCGCGAGGAAGCUACACAGCUUCAAAGAGCCCACGCCAUGCAACUCUUCCUUCGCCUAAAUCCGGUUUUUACGAAAUGUUUAAGUUACGAAUUUCAAUCCUCUCAAGGCGACAAAGUGAAAUCACUAUCAGAAGACUUCACGGCUGGUCAUCAUUUGAACAAAGAGGCGCGCAAAUGGACGCUGAGACUGGCAAAGGCACUGAAAACGAUAAGGAAAAAGUCGACCGCCCUGCAAGCACUGGAAAGAGCCAGUGUUGAGUCAGAUAAGGUGAGCCAGGCUGAUGGUAUACCUGUUGAACAAAGCAGAGAUGCCAUAAUGGAAGAUAUUCGGCACGCAGAGAUUAUUAAGAUCAAGGCUGAAGCAAGGAUAGACAUCUUACGAGAAGCAGGAAUCAAUGUGGACGAGUGGCUCCAGAGUGCAAGUGCUGAAAACGGUGACGACGCUGAAGAGGAGAACGAAAACGACGACCAAGAUAAUGAUCAAAGUGAUUUUGAUGAUGAAAUCGAUGAUUGGGAUGAUUUAGAAGAACCGGAUUUCUCUGACGAUGAAGUUUCAUCAAAUUCAAUUCCAAGCCAUAAGGUCCUACAGGCCGUAGCCCUUUAUUCAUUUCAGGCUGCUUCGAACGAAGAGUUGUCAAUCACUGAAAAUGAGGAAUUGGAAAUUAUAGAGACUGAUGUCGAUGGCUGGUGUAAGGGCCGGAACAAGAAUGGGCGUUGUGGAUACCUGCCAGAAGCUUACGUUGAAAUCUGGAAGGAAACCUCGCGAAAUCCUUCUGCUAAUAGUUCCGGAUCCGGAUCAACAUCUUCCGGUAAAAAACCGGUCAUUGCUCCCAAGCCUUCGCUUGAGCCGGCUAAACCAGCAAAUGAACCAGCAGCACUUUUUGUGGCAAAAGCGCUGUACGAUUACGCAGCUAUGGAGGAAGAAGAACUCUCCUUUAAAGAAGGCGACGAGAUUAAUGUAACUAGCACCGACAACAAUGGCGUGGAUGAUGGAUGGUGGGAAGGAUAUGUGAACGGGAGGAAGGGUGUCUUCCCUAGCAUUGUUGUCGAGAGAAUAAAGGAUGCCAGACCUGUCAAUCAAACUUUGUACUCCUCAGACAGAAGGAGGUUGAAUACAGACUCAUUUGCAGCGGUGCAGAAAAGAAAACGAAAAGUGGAGCGAACAAUAAGCGAGUCAUGAGGCUUGGUAUAAAGCUGAAACACUAUGAAGAUUUAUAUGGGAUCACGAGGGGGUUCGUGUUUGGGACAAAUUGGCAAGAAAGGCUGUUAAAAAUUACUACAUUUUUGGAGGAUGCAAGCAUAUUGUAAUGUAUAGUAUUUCUUGAAAUAUAUGAUAAACUGUGGAAAUCGGUGUUACAAAUGAAGUCUAAUUUAAUUCUUGUUAUCAAAUCGUAUAACUGAUUUUUUAAUUGCACUAUACAAGUAGAAAUCUAUUAAUGACGAAUAUUUAGUAGAGAGAGUUUUAUUGUAAAAUAUCUCUCAAGGUCAUCAUAUGGUUUUGUUCGUGGCAUGUUUAUUGUUUUUAUAUCUGUUGCUUCUGACCUUAGUAUAAAAAAAUGGGACGAGCCCAAUGCUUUGACCGCAGAAAUGACAUUGAAUUUGUUAUUUUAUUAAAUUUAAAAUCGCUUUGGAGUGAUGCAAGCAUUUUAAAACAUACUUGUAAACACAUACAUACUUAUUAUAGAAAUCUCUACGGGAGGAAAUAUUUCAUCCUAUUCGUGGAUCGAAAUAGGCCGACCAGAAAUGGAAGAACGUGACUUUGAAAGUUGUCCUGUCGGUGCAGCUUGUCUUUUAAAGAUAUUGCCAUUAGAAUCAAAGUUUCAAAAUGAACUCCUACUGUCUACACAAUAGAGGAUUUUCCAUUUAAUGUAGGUGGAUUCCAAAGCAGCUAGCUUGAACAGCGAUAAGCUCUUCAAAUUAUUCGAAACAUGUUGCCAUUGAAAAUUUAAUUAUUGACCAUUAUUCUGACAUUUUAUACUUUGAGGAGUUUCAGUCGAAAAAAGCUUGAGUAUGUUUUAAAAGGCUUGCUUUUAUCGAAGCCAUUGUUAUUAAAUUCAACAUACAACUUCAAUAUUUUGAAAAGUCGUGUAUUUGUCUGUUUUCCACUUUUGUUAUUAGUUUAAAAACAAUAUGGAUGAAAAUGUAUAAUUUUAUCUGAUGUAAGAAAACAGUCACAAUAAAUUACCCCCUCUCUAUUAAGGGUGCCUGUAAGGCAAAGGGUAAUGCAAAAAUUAGCUUUAAAGGAUUUGUAAAAGGAUUUAAAACGUGGAACUUUGAUUAUAAACGGUUCUGUAAGUGAAAAUGACUCAGAAGGAUUGUAUCGUCAAGGUCAUUGAACGACUGCUGCAGUUAGGGUGAGAAUUUCAUCUUUUCUCGAUUCUUAAUCUUUAGUGGAGGAGGUCAAGCCAGUGACAGCAGAGUGAUAGAUAUUUGACAACCCGUGAAUUAUUUCGACUAAAAUAAGGGUUCCUUAUAAAUGUUCAAAGAAACUGGGCCUUAAAGUCAUUAAACUUUGAUAACAAAACAAUAAUUGAUACAUUAUGCAUAGUAUCUUAUAGCUGUAAAAAUAAAUGAUAUAGAAUAUAGGUGAGGCAUAUUAUUUUUCACUUAAUGAUCCACUCGGUCUGGGUAUGUAGUUCUGAAGUGAUGACGUCACAAAAAUUUAUUUUUAGAAUUUUGAAUUUGGAUCCCAUAACCUUAAAGAGCCUCAUGAAAUACUUCUAAACGCGCAAAAUCAGUCAAUUGUAUUAAGAAUUGGCAGAGAUAUAGCCACAUGUGUAUUGGAUCUUUCCCUAUCAAACCUUUGUUCAUAACAGUGAUUCGUUAGCAAACUUCAAAUCUUUCAUUGCCCAUAUCUCAACCGACUUUAGACAUAUUUGACCAAUUUUGCAUAUUUGAAAGUAUUUCAUGGUUAUAUUUUGUGUUUUGUGGUUUAAAUUCUAAAAUUUUAAUUUCAAAAAUUCUAAAAAUAGGUUUUGGUGGCGUCACAUAGGACAUUAGAGAUCAUAUGAAUUUUGUAGCAGUCACAUUGGCUGAAAACUUACAGACAAUAAAAUGAGAAAGGUUGUCACUUUCCUUGACUCAGUAAAGAUUGCUGUCAAGAACGGGGUGGAAGUGCAACUUCAAUAUGAUUAAACUUCUGCAUGAUGACAAAUGAAAUCAAGAUUUGACUAGGCCAUGUUAGCACAAGUUCAAGGACCAGCAAGACCUGGAGACGCUUGGAAAGCAUUUUGUUCAUUGUGAUAGUUAUGGGGUUAACAGAGAAGACGACAUGUUUGGAAAGGCAGGGUUACAGUUGGGAGACAAUACCUUAAAGAAAUUUAUACCAUUAUUAGAGUCACCCCUUAUUUAACAAAUAUAUUUCAUUCUAAUUACAUGAGAGCUCUUUGUUUUUCAAGUUGCCAAAUUAUUUUUAAGAGACAAGUUAUGUCUGUGAAAGAAGAAUUAUUUUUUUCAGCUUAAUCGCUGUUAUUUUGUUUUGAGCAGGUUUAGAAUUCACAGGUACUUAGGAUAAAAUAACCUGUGUUCCGAAACCAAGCCACUAGAUCUAUUUACUUGGUUUGAGGGGCAAGAGUUAACAUGAAAACUUAGAAGAAUACAUUUCUACCUUUGCAGGAUCGUUCUUUCCUUUAUACCAAAUCUAAAUAUCAUCUUGCAAAAUCAGUUUAUUUAAGACGAUUUAUCUACUAACCUUCUUAAUUUAUGAAAAGGGAAUUUGACAUCAAAUUGAAUAUACACACUCCCCUCCCUAACGGUCGGUUAAAACUAUUGGCCUACAUAAGUUUCCUGCAUGUAAGAAACACAGACACUGAUUUUCAAAAAAAACUUCUUUGAUAAGAAACUGGUGAAGGCCUGAAAAAUGUUUGUUUCUUAUUCAAAAAUUUUCAUAUAACUUGAUCCUUUGAAAAACAGAACAAAACAUUAAUCAUUCUACACUUACUACUCUGUCAGUUACUUGAAUAAAAGGAUAAGUGAGGGUUUACAAUCAUUGACCAUAAGAAUUGUUUGUUCUCAGCUUUCUAGUUUAAUCAAACUGAGCCUGGUCAAAUGAAAAAGGAAUUUUGAAUGCAAACUAAGCAAAAAGCACUUUUCUGGAAUAAUUAUGGCUUUUCCUACAAGUGAAAAAUUACAAAUACAACUCAAAAUAUUAUGGUAUUUUUAUCACAGUAAUUGAGCUUGUAUCUGAGUAGAUGAUCAAUAGUAUAAUAUGGUUUUUCGUAUAAGAAACAUUCUCCUGAUUUGAAGUGUAUAUCUCAUUUUAUCAGAAACGCAUCAGACCUGAAAUAAAAAAAAUUGUUUCCUAAAUGCAGGACAGUACUGUCAUUUUUACUUACGCCUUUUUUGCGAAAAAGUAUAAUCAAAGUUUGGCGGGAAAAUAGAACAAUAGGGCCAGGAAUUAAACAAAAUCAGCAGACAAGCAAGUAAAAAUUCUGUUCUGAGAAAAUAUGCUAGCAAAAUUGUUUUCUAAAGAGGAAAAAAUAUUUUUUUGUGAGCAAUGGUAAAACCACAGAGUAUGGAGGAUGCGGAGCUAGGGGCCAUAAAGUUUUUAAGCCAGGCUGGUCAUUCAUUAAGUGAAAUUGAAAAACAAAUGGGCUACACGAAGUCUACAACGAUAGAAUUUGCAACUUAUGUAAAAAAGCAGUUUACCGGAGAAAAAGUUGAGAAAGACAGGUCAAAAAAGGUUUACUUUUGUUUAAAAGAAUUAUAGCAUGGUUUGCGAAGAAACUUCUCUAUUAAUUUUAAAGGAGUAUGUGGGGGUGAUGUGGGGUGACUAAACUGCAAU